AACCCCUCUCGCUUGUGCCAUCUAACGGUCACGCUUCGAUCAUUUCACUUCCUUUUCAAACCUUCGUCACCCGUUCCUUUCUUCACCUUCUUUUGCAUUUGCUUUCUACGAUCUUCCUUUCCAAAACAAGCAACGAAGACCUGAAGCGGUUGCGUUCCUUUCUUCGCUUAAAUAAAUCUCCAAAACCAAAAUCUCCGAAACUGCACCAAACCAACCAACCUCUCUCUCUUUCUUUCUCUCUCUCUUCGCUAGAUUUAAAUCUUGAUUUGAUUUCUUUUUUCAUUUCUCUUCCGCCGCGAACAUUCGAGAGAAAUGGCGAAGCUACGUCUGGAUCGGGAUUAAGGCGCUAGGGUUUUGUACGCUGCCUUCGAUCCUGAUUCGGAUUCCGAUAGGAAAUGUCCGAACCUAAUUCAGCGCCCCGAACCUCCGCCUACCUCGACGCGCUCUCUCAGGCGAUCCACAAGAAGCUUCAGAAGGCGUUGGCUAAUUCGUCGCAGAGGCGUAAUUUGUUGCAGGAGUUGUUUGCGGAUAUAGCUUUGGAAGUCGAUGACCGAGCCAAAGAUGUAAUUCUGAACAAGGAAGAAGAUGACAUUUCUCCAGCAGAAGAUAUUAAUGAUGGUCCUUUAUGCUUCUACGAUGUGCUUGCUGAUUAUUUUGUGCGUGUGUCUGAGAGCGGAAAACCUAUCCUUGACUUGAUUGUUCAACUUUGGAGCCAAUCGUUUGCUUCUCAUAUAUUUGCCCUCCUGUUUCACAAAUGGUUAUUUGAAUUUCAUCUUGAUAAUCCAGAAGUGCUUCUCCGGUAUUCAUCUGCUCUGGUUGAAGGUGCCACAAAUGUUUUCUGGAUUGACAUCCAAACAAAUACUAGGCGUUUUCGGUCUUUAUUCUGUUACCUUCUGCAAGAUGUUGCAUUAGAUCACACUCGAUUGAAUAAAAUUCCUUUCCAGGCUCAGCGUGAUACCUAUCUCUUGCUCUCAAGAUUCAUUCUAUUAUACAAUAAAGCUGACAAAAUAGAUAGCUUCUUAAAACAAUGUCCUGCUUUCCCCACUGCUUUUCUAAUUGGUGGUCCAGCAGAUAUAUUUGUUACUGAACUCACUGAUCAGCUUCAAAAGCUAAAGGUGGAACCUGUGCUUCUUCAUUACCUUUCAGAAAUGAAGAUCCUUCAGGGUAUGGAAUUGAGAAUGACUACUAGUACAAGAUUAAAAACUUGUCUGUAUAGCUUUACUUCUCCUGGUGGUCCAAUGUAUCCCACGAGAGCCGUUCGUCAUGCAGCUUGGGAAGCAUUAGACUUACUUUUUCCGGUGGGACGUUAUCCGCGGCAUCUUAUUAGUUUGUUCUUCAGACUGCUUUAUCCUUGGUAUUGGCCAUCUUCCUGUUGGAACUUCGUCGUUGCUUGUGUUCAGACGAUUUUCUACUCGUUGCUGGGGUUUAUAUUUUCAACGUGGCAUAAGAUUGCCAAGCCAAAAUCGCAAUAAAUUCCUGUGUGUACAGAUUAUUAUCAAGCCAUCGUCGAUGCUUAGUGGGGGUCUUUCUUCUUGUUGUCGCUAGUGAAGUUGUGUACAAACUUGCUAAAGUUUUGUUUGUUAUUGUUAAGUUUGAGAAUAAGUUAUAUAGCGUUUAGAUUAAUGAGAAAGGACUGCAACCAUUUUUGCUCC